AUGGGUGCGGCUUGGGUGUUUGCGUUGGAGGAGAAAUUUAAUACCUGGGAUCGAACAGGAUUCCCGGAAAUUGCCGCUAUUCUGCAAAACCUUGGCAAGGCAGAUAAGACGACUGACGAAAUUUUCGACGAUUAUGUACACAAUUUCAACAAGCAAGCGAAUUCUGCGACUCGAUUACAGAAGGAGGUCAACAACUAUGUUCGAUGCGUGCGAGCUAUGCAAGCUGCCAGCAAAAGCUUGUUUGACCAGAUCAACGAAAUGUACGAGCUGGAGUGGACCGAUAGAGACGUGUUGGUGAUCCAGUCGCAGAACCUAGAGAUGCUGUGGGCAGACUUUUCUCAAAAGUUGAUUGAGCAGGUUGCUGCACCUCUCAGCCAUCACAUGGCCCAAUUUCCCGAAUACAGAUCGAAAAUUGAGAAACGCGGACGGAAACUGCUCGACUACGAUAGCAACAGACACGCGCUGGAGGCGUUGCAGUCGAAUCCCAAGAAGCGCGACGACGGGAAAAUUGGCAAGGUGCGGGAACAGCUGGAAGACUCGCGACGCAACUACGAGACGCUCAACUGGGAGCUACAUCAGGAGCUGCCGGCCUUGUACGACUCUCGGAUCCCCUUCCUCGUGUCCAACUUCCAGACCAUCUGCGCAGCCGAAGCUCUCUUCCACUCCGAGUGUGCCAAGGUUCACAGCGAGUUGGAAGGGGUGACGGAUAAACUUGGCCGCGAAGCCAGGUCCGGGAUUUUCAACGUGAAA